AUGCUCUAUUGGCGUAGAGCACGAGUGCCACGCAUUGUCUCUGACGGUGGGAGGACACCUCCGGGUGUUCAAUGGUUUGCUACUGCCCACCUCAGGCCAGGCAGCCCCUGGUCAAAUUGGUGCAAACCCGCCAAAAACCCACCUACGUCUAGCCGUGGUCGCAGGUGCGUAUCCAAUUACGGUCGCAAAACAUAUGAUAACUGUUCCAGAACCUCAAAGGCUGCGUGUGACGGCCGUCAAGCGGAUCCCAAUCCGUCUCUGCAAUCACAUUCCGGAGCUGGAUCUGCUCUCCACUGCCUUGUGGUUCAGGCUAUUGAGCCAAAGGCUCCGGGCGGAGUCCCUCAAGCAAACCUUCAAACCACCCACUGCCUUGUGGGUCAGGCUAUUGAGCCAAAGGCUCCGGGUGGGGUCCCUUAA